AUGACCUAUUAUAAUCGAAUCUCAUCGCUUGGUAAUCGCACAGAUUUCCAUAACUGCCUCAUUGAGGAUGAGAUUAUCCAUGGGGACGAAAUUCAUAGCAUUAGAUCUGUACUGCGUGAAGACUUUUAUCAGACUUUUUUAUUUGUUUAUUUACUCCGCCUGGAGCAAAACAUUAGAAAGUCCUAUUUUUGGAGAAUUAGCAUUAAAAACGUGUUUUAAUAUAUGAAUUUUGGUAUAAAUUAUAAUCGCAAUUCUCAAGUAGCAUUGGGAUUUUUGAAAUUAAAUAUAAAACUCCCUAUUAAGCGAGCAUAAAAUUUUACCUAUAAUGGGAAAUUAGAAUCGAGUUUUAUUUAUAGCAAAUCUGAUAUUGGAUUAUUUGAAAAACUCAUCUAUUCCCAGCAAGCUCAUCCUUCAUUCCAAAAUUCAUAUGAAAGCUCAUUAGAAAUAGUAAGAAGACUGAAAUCUGAAGGUAUAGAUUACCUUGAUAAUGCAAGUACAGAUCCCAAUUUUAUUAAGGUUUUCCAAGAUUUAUCCUUAUGUUUCUCACCUUUUGACAGCGCCGAGUCAUAUUUAAGGAAAGUUUCUGAAAAGCUCUGGGUCAGCAUAUACAUUAGGAAAGAAAAUGGACAAAUUUUUAAAAUCAUUAAGAAAGGAUGUGAGUUUUCGAUUUCUAUUUAUGUUUAUAAUGGAUCUUGCUAUUUCUUGUAUCCUAUUCAAACAAGCGCAAAUGAUUAUUUUUUUCAAGAAAAUUUCCCUAGAAAAAUUUUCGCGUCUUGCGGGGAUGGAUUUGAUGAGGAGCAUUUUAAAAAAUUUAUCACGUUAUGUCCAAAAGGUCAUAAUCUUUAUUCAGUUGAAAUUGAAUUACUGAAUAGGAAUGAAUUAAAAGAUCCUAUUUGGAACAAUAAUCAUCAUGAAGAGGAGCAAAAAUGAUAUUUUGAAGUUGGAAAAGUCAUUAUUGAGGCUUCUAUACUAGCAGGAAUAGUGGCAGUUUUUUAUUUUGCUUGAAAAGGCAAAAAUUAG